AUGCCCAGCCUCGAAUCAAUCAAACUCAGCAUGGACGACGACGAGAAGCGGUUCCCGGAUAUUCGCGUACGCCACCGUAAUGAAGUCGCCCAAGCCAUUAAGGAGCUGUCAUUACCAGCAUUGACUAAGGCCGACUUUGAUUUCUUUCUCCGAAGGCAGAGAAAUGAAAGAGCUCAGCCACCUGUCCUGCACGAGACAGACGUACCAGACCCGCUCAGCUCUGCGAUUUGUGAAUUCUCGCAGAAUCUCGUAAAUCUUAAGGUCACGGGCGUCUUCGAUGAUUCUCUUCUCCGUCCCCUCAAACAUCUAAGUACAACCUCUUGGCCAAAUCUCAGGUUUCUCGACAUCAACUUAUUCACCGCGACACCGUCGGGUGGCUGGUACUUCACCAAACGUGAUGAUGUCCCCACACAACCAUUGUACACGUAUUGGCCACAAAACAAUAACGCCCACUCGGACCUCCAUAUGGAAGAAUUCAGUUUCCUUGAGGAGGCAAGCUACGCAUUCCUAAAUCCGGUUCACGUCUUCAGAGGCAAAGCAGACGACGCCGCACUCACACCGUUUGUUGAAGUCUACGCGGACGCACUCUCAACGAUGCCCAAGCUCACAUCAGCUGCGUUCAACUUCCAGCUCGAAGACCACGUCGACGGUGAGCCCGGCUGGUUUUGUAUAGCAUACUUCGCACCAUGCAAGAGUGCCCAGAAACAUCCGCCGAGGUUGAUUUGUCCGAACUGCAACCGCGGCGUGACACGCCAGCUGGUGACGUUGUUACUGGGGUGGGAGCCGAAUGAGCAGCUAGCGGCCAAGUUGCGAAGCAUAGGAAACGAGUUUCGAGCGGAACCCAUGGUGGAAAAGACCAUGGCUGAGUUCAUGGAGUAUCACGAAGUGGACAUCGGAACAGAUUGA